GAAAAAUCUACUUCUCCCAGAAUAUCCAUUCUCUCCCUACUUCACUUGUUCUCUGUGACGUUCAGGUCAGUCAAUGAGCCUUUUUCAUUUUAUCCUUGCUCGUUUUAGACCCGUCGAUUGUUUUUCCCACCCUUCAGUACCUACUGUUCUGUCAAUCUCGCUUCUGCGCCCAACAGUGAAUACGCCAGCCCCCGUUCGGCGAAAUCAUCCGCCCCAAUUCCAUACUGAAGUUCGCGCCAUGGACACCUCGGAGCAAUUGAUCCAGUACGCUGGCACGGACUUCAGAGCUGUAAAAGAAGGAAAGGCGUAUAUUUUGAACCCUCCCUCUCAAGACGCUGCCUCCAAGGCCACGAGGAAGGAUCUCAAGGCUGACGAUGAAUCUCAAUCCGUUUUCUACAACCCUAUUCAGCAAUUUAACCGAGACCUUAGCGUUCUUGCAAUCCGGGCCUUUGGGGAGCAUGUUUUAAAUGUGAAGAAACAGAAGGCGGAAAAGCGAAGGCAGAGGCUAGCAGAAAGUGGUGGGACAAAGAGUAAAAAGCGCAAGCGAGAGGACGAAGCCAACCAGCCAAAGGACCAAAGCGAACAGACAACUGAGCCCGCCGCUGCAGCAGUUCCCGACUUGCCUUCGGAAGAGAUCAUUGCGCCGUCAUUCACAAUCCUAGAUGCUCUUUCUGCUACAGGCUUGCGUGCGCUACGUUAUGCCUUGGAGAUCCCAUUUGCUUCCUACGUUGUUGCAAACGACCUUUCAGAAUCUGCUAUUCGAUCAAUGAAGACAAAUAUCGAAUACAACAAACUCGAAGACCGUAUCCACCCCAACUUAGGAGAUGCACGCGUCUUCAUGUACAGCCUUUUGGAGCAAGAUAAGAGUCAGGACGUGGUGCCCCAUUCCGGCAAAUUCGAUGUCAUUGAUUUGGAUCCAUAUGGCACUGCUUCACCUUUCAUGGACGCUGCGGUCCAGGCAGUAAAGGAUGGAGGCCUUCUUUGUGUGACUUGUACUGAUGCAGGAGUGUGGGCUUCGCAUGGGUAUCCUGAGAAGGCUUUCGCCUUGUAUGGUGGCGUCCCGGUCAAAGGACCGCAUUGCCACGAAGGGGGACUGCGCUUGAUCCUACAUUCGCUUGCCAUGUCUGCCGCCAGAUAUGGACUUGCAAUUGAGCCCCUAUUAUCUCUAUCAAUCGAUUUCUAUGCGCGAGUCUUUGUCCGGGUUCAUCGCUCCCCUGCCCAGGUUAAGUUUGUUUCUGGAAAUAUGAUGACGGUCUUCAAUUGCGACGAGGGCUGCGGGGCAUGGUCAACCCAGCCUCUGACGCAGACCAAGCAGAAGCUUGACAAAACAGGAAAGCCUUUUCCUCAUUUUGGCUUUGCGCAGGGUCCAACUUCAAACUCCCGUUGCGAACAUUGCGGUUCGAAGAUGCAUGUAGGGGGCCCAAUGUGGGCCGGUCCACUUCACAAUCCACAUUUCAUUCAGAAUAUCCUUGAUAUGCUUCCUAAGCUACACCGAGAUGUUUAUCAAACUGUUGAUAGAAUUGAGGGCAUGUUAACAACGGCACUCGAGGAAGAUUUGAACUUCGACAUUGGCCACGCCAACACAUCACAGAAGCCUACCGAUGCACCGGCGGCAGGGGCCGAAACUGCUGCCAUUAUUCCACGGGUUGACCCCGCCUUGAGUGACAAAACCCCAUUCUACUUUAGCUUGAGUGCGAUAUCGAAGGUUCUUCGUACUGCUACCAUUUCCAUCGAUGCGAUGCGCGGGGCUCUUCGACAUUUGGGCUACCGAGCCACUCGCACCCAUGCGAAACCAAACACAAUUCGGACUGACGCACCCUGGGAUGUGAUUUGGGAGAUUAUGCGGGAAUGGGUCAGACAGAAGUCUCCGAUCAGGGAGGGCGCUCUCAGACCCGGAAGUCCUGGGGCUGUGAUCAUGUCGAAAUGCCGAAAGGUUCCCACAGAUGGCGACAGCGAUCAGCAACUGCUAAAGUCGUUGAAGAAGGAGCUUCAGUUGGUAAUGGAGCAAGAGCACAAUAUUACGGAUGUAGUUAGCAGGCUUGAAGCUGCUUUGACACGGGCCGGUGCCCAUCGAGCGUCAGGAACUACAUCGGUACGCGAUACACAGAACAAUGACCAUCACGAUUCCAGAACGUCUAUUUCUGGACAAGGGGCCCGAGUCAAAGCCGCAGCUAGACCUCAUCCUAGCACUUUGGAAGUGGUUUUUGAUGAGAGUUUAGGGAAGGAGCUUUCAGCGAGAAAGCGUCUUGUUCGAUAUCAGCUUAACCCUCGGGAAAACUGGGGUCCCUUGAGUAGAGCAUCUGGUAGAGGGUAGGUAACACCGUUGGUUCUGGCCCCCUCUUUUCGCAUGGUCAUUAGGCAAUACGUUAUUAUAUGAUAGUGAACUUCUUCACUCUGAACAACAUCUGCACCAUGAGUUAGGCCUAUCUUUUAUAGGAGAGGGGCUAUUGAUAAAUCCUU